AUGGCAAAAUCGGAAGUCAUGUUAACAAAUGUUGAAAUCAAAUCGCACAUAAGUUACAGUCUUCAAGUGAAUCGAUGGUUCCUCUUGCCGAUCGGCGCUUGGCCGUUAGCGAAUACAUCGAACGCGAUGUUGAAAAUCCUUGCGUGGCUGCAUAUUCUUGUUUGCGUGAUACUGAUAUCCAUUAUAAUGUUACCGUGUCUGUUGUACAUUUUAAUAGAGGAGAAGAACGUCAAGUUGAAACUGAACGCCGUGGGUCCGCUGCUUCACAGGGUUAUGGGCACGGUAAAUUACUGGACGCUUAUCAUGCGCAGCGACGACAUUCGCAAGUGCAUACGGCACAUGGGAACGGAUUGGAGAAUCGUUCGAACAGCCGAAGAUCGAGAUAUAAUGAUGCAGCACGCCAAGUUCGGCCGUUUUAUCGCCAGCAUCUGCGCAGUGAUUAUGCAGGGAGGUGCAUUUUUCUUCAGUAUAGCCAAGGCAGUAAAAACUACGAAUUUUACCGUCGGCAACAACACUUACACGAUGCAUCCGAUGACGUGUCCGAUUUACAGCAAAUUUAUCGACACGCGAUUUACUCCCGUGAAUGAAAUCAUGCUGACCGUGCAGUUCAUGUCGACAUUCGUGGCGAGUUGUUCUACCGUUGGCGCUUGCAGUCUGGCCGCGGUCUUUGCAAUGCAUGCGUGUGGUCAGCUGAAUGUGUUGUACGUAUGGCUCGACGAUCUUGCGAAGUAUCAGGAGAAAGGAAGUCGCGAAACUCAACGAAAAUUAGCUGUUGCCGUGGAACAUCAUUUGAGAAUAUUGAGUUUUAUAAAGUGUGUGGAAAGUAUCAUGCAUAAAGCUUCGCUUGCGGAGUUGGCAGGAUGCACAAUAAACAUGUGUUUGCUCGGAUAUUAUUGCAUUAUGGCUUGGCAAGCAUUUAGUGCCGUAAAAAUAAUAUCUUACAUUAUUGUAUACGCAUCAAUGUGUUUUAAUAUUUUCAUAUUUUGCUACAUCGGAGAAGUUAUCAUAGAACAAUGUAAACAUGUUGGGGAAAUGGCAUACAUGACCAAUUGGUACGAAUUACCGCACAAAACUUCUCGUGGUUUUGUUUUAAUCAUUAUAAGAUCGAGUACCGUAAUCAAAAUUACGGCAGGAAAAUUAUUUCAAUUGUCUAUUGCAACUUUCGGCGAUGUAAUUAAAACUUCUUUUGCAUAUUUGAAUCUCUUGCGAUCGAUGACUAUGUAAAUCAUCAGUACGUUACGAGAUAAAUAUAUGAUAAA